AUGGAGGAGGCGCCGCCGCCACCCAUCGACCAAGAAUCUGUAAACGAUGGAAGGGCGCUGGUGGAGCGCGAGCAACGCCAGGGCGAUGUCAUCAGCCCGUCUCGUGCAGUUUUAACGCUGUCCAAGUCGAUGUUCAACGCAGGCUGUUUUUCUUUACCUUAUGCGUGGAAACUUGGUGGAUUAUGGGUGUCGUUCUUCAUGUCUUUUGUGAUAUGUGGAUUCAACUGGUACGGCAACCACAUCCUUGUCCGGUCGAGUCAACAUCUUGCCAGAAAAUCUGAACGCUCAGCGCUUGACUAUGGCCAUUUUGCAAAGAAGGUGUGCGACUAUUCCGACCUGCGGUUACUGCGAAACAAUUCAAAAGCCGUGAUGUACAUUGUCAAUGUGACGAUUCUCUUCUAUCAACUUGGCAUGUGCAGCGUUGCUAUUCUCUUCAUCUCCGACAAUAUGGUGAAUUUGAUCGGUGAUCACCUCGGGUCAACCCGGCAAGAACAGAUGCUUGUCGCAGCGACGAUCUCUCUGGUACUCGUUGCCAUUACUAACAUGUUCACCGAAAUGCGGGUUGUCUCCUUCUUUGCGUUGGUAUCUGCCGUAUUCUUCAUGCUGGGACUGCUCGUCAUCAUGCAGUAUACGGUGCGGCAACCGAACAAAUGGGCCGAGUUGCCCGCCUACAGCGAUUUCACCGGCACUAUCAUGAUGAUCGGCAUGUGCAUGUAUGCAUUUGAAGGACAAACUAUGAUUUUGCCGAUUGAGAACAAGCUCGAACACCCCGAAUACUUCCUGGCACGGUUCGGCGUUUUGCCGACAACGAUGCUUGUUUGUGGCGCAUUCAUGACCGCACUCGGUUUCUACGGAUAUACCGGCUUUGGUGAUGCCAUCGCGCCAGCCAUCACAACAAAUGUGCCAAAGGAAGGGCUCUACUCAACCGUCAACGUGUUUCUGAUGCUUCAGACCCUCCUUGGACAUUCUGUGGCUCUCUACGUGGUCUUUGAUAUGUUCUUCAAUGGUUUCCGCCGGAAGUUCACAAAUCGAUUCCCGAAUUGCCCGAAGAUGUUGGUCGAUAAGGGAUUUAGGUUCUUCUGGGUACUCGUCACUUAUUUUAUGGCAAUCGGGAUUCCCCACUUGGAAAUCAUGAUUCCGCUCGUCGGUGUUACUUCUGGGACGUUGUGUGGACUCGUUUAUCCACCAUUGUUUGAGAUGAUCACGUUUUGGACAGACUGGAAGGGUCUUCUCACGUACCGUCAGAGGAUGGCCAAGAUUGUAUGGAACUGCUUCGUGAUCGCUAUUGGACUGUUCACCAUCGUAGCCGGUGUUUAUUCCAAUUUCGUCGCCAUCUUCCAGUCCUUUGAAAACCCCGACGUCCCACAAGCUGCU